UUUUCAUUUUUUUUAAAAAGCUCUCUUCUAUAAAUAGCCCCAUUCUCUACACUUAACUCACCCACAACUCUUCCUAAUUCCCUAAAUACAUUACAGGCUUCUUCUUUCCAUAUUGUUCAUAUUAUUCUUUUUCAGUCCCCAAAUGGCUGGUGUUGAGGUUGAGAAAACAGUACCAAACACAGAAGAGAAGACGAUGACCGAGAUGCCUAAGGAAACAGUUCAUACGACAGAUGACUCAGCCAUUGCGGUUGAAGUAGAAAUUAAAGAAGAAGAAGAAGUACCAAAGGUAGAGAAAGAGACUGAAAAAACCGAGAUAGCUCCGGUUAAAGAGGAGAAACCGGUUGAAAUUCCGGGAGCUGUGGAGGAGAAAGAUGUUAAGCAAGCUGGAGAAGAGGAGAAGACUGUUGAAGUCAAGACAGCGUAAUAAGCUUCCUGUUGAACCCAAGGGAACAUUUCUUGUUUUUUUUUCUUUGUUUUUGUUAAAUCCUAUUAUCUUACGAGAUAUAAGGUGAUGAUGAGUAUCACAUAGUAAUAAGACAGUUCAGGUGCUAGUAUGAUUACUGUAAUGGUAUUAUGGAUUUAUCUUUUUAAUCUCGUGUCAUCAUGAAGAUAACUGAGAUGUCUUAAUGAGAGUUAAAUCUGUCUGUUCAAAA